GUGCCCUGGUCGUAUCCGUCGACGCUGUCGGACGACGCGGCCUACGAGGCGGAGCGAGAGGAGGAGGGAAACGGCGUCGACGCGGCUCGCCGGUCCGGACUCGUCUUCACCGGCCUGACGCCGACGUUGACGCAGACCAACAUUGCGACCAGCCUGUCCGGCCUAUUCUCCACCGGCGAGUUGCCGUGGAGCCAAACGCCACCCGGCAUCACGACCCAUGCACAACAGGUCAAAGUUGGGCCGGAACUGCGUCAGUCGGAGUUUCUGUUGCAUCCGGCCCAGCUGACCGGCUGUCUACAGACGUACAACGAGGCGCCUCUUCCGGUCAGGAGGCUGGUCCACUCGGCCGGACUGAUGGCGUCCGAGUCCGGCGCCGACGAGUCCAGGAUGGACGACUACGCGAGGGCGGAAAUGGCCGGAGCUGACCAGCUCGGGCAAUGCGGACAAAAGAACGAAAAGAAUCCCCGCAGCUACUGUCUGUACAUACCGUCAGGUCAAGUUGGACAGGAGACCGGGAGGCCGGAUCGCUCGACGCCAGCCUUCUCCAUCCCGGAAGAGGGUGGACAUACCGUCUAUCCCUACGUGUAUGAGUAUGAGCCUCAUCAUCAACCGGUCUACAAGUUGCCUCCCACCGACGACGUCUACAGAUCGAGGACGUCCGGCGAUAGUUGCAGCAGUCAACGCGUCUGGCCGUUCUACUUUGCUGGCAAUCCGGCAAACACAACCGUCUCGGCGCCUUCACACAUCUCAGGCAAACGUGAACGAGGAUCUCGAGAGGUCGGUAAUUCGGCAAGUGUGGAAUCGCGCCAACGGCACAUCCACCGAUCAGCCAGUCACCGGCACCAUCAUUCUCAUCAUGCCCACCAGCACAGUCAUGCCGGAUACAGCCAAACUGGGCAUAGCGACCAGCACCACUACCACUACCACCACCAUCGGUUGCAUCCGCCGAUGGCAGAGCUGGAGGAUCACCAGUCGAUGCAGUUGCAGUCGGAACGCCAUCGUCUCUGUCAUCAUGGCAACCUGAUUGUCACACACCAUCAUCCUCAGUGCGGCUCUGUCUCAUCCGCCAAACGGAACUCUGCAAGAAGGGACAUAUUCACGAGCCUUCCGAUGAUGCAGGACACCAGCUCCAUAUCGCCCCCUUCGAGUGGUGGUAAGAUGAUGCUCAAAAAUAAUGGAAAUUCACACUCAUUCAUGUUUAGAUAG